GACCCACAGCCACCAUGAACAGCAAAGGUCAACAUCCAACACAGCCAACCUACCCUGUACAGCCUCCUGGGAAUCCAAUAUACCCUGAGACCUUGCAUCUUCCUCAGGCUCCACCCUCUACUGAUGUUCCGCCUGUCUACACAGAGCCUCCACCUCCUGGAUGCCCUCCCAAUGCUGCUCAGCUUGCGGUCAUGCAGGGAGCCAAUGGCCUUGUAACUCAGAUGAAGGGGAACUUCAUGGAUAGUUCAGACGGUGGCUAUGCUUCUGGUGAGGAACCAAGGCCACCUCUAUGCCAGGAAAGACACCACACACCUUCAGCACAUCUCACAAUGUAA